AUGCACGAAAGACUGGAUAAAUUCUCAAAGUUCAAGAUAAAGAGAUUUUAUGUUUGGAAAAGUGAGAAAGUGAAAGAAACCAAAAUGACAGAUUUGUUAAUUCCUAGUUCACAUAUUGUUUUGGGAAACUGUGGAUUUGAUUUCCGUAAGGUGAACUAUGACCAGUUGGAUGCAUUAUUGAACAUCAAAGGCCUUCAAAACAGGGACAAUGCGUCCACCUCUGAAAAGGCUCAUCAAACAUUUAUGCAAAUUUAUCCCCGCAUAUUCAUCAAAGAAAAGGCCAGGUUGCCGGGAAUUCCUGAAAAAAGAACAAAGGGGGUACAUGCCUGUGAUAUCAGCAAUGACAUUUUAACAGGCCAAGAUUCUCACAACAUAAGCUUCUAUUUGAAUCAGAUAAAAAAUCCCCAAAAGUUGCGUUCUGACUCCCCAGAAUUCAUAGAGAAGUUGCAAGGCCUCAUCAAGAUACUCAAGAAGAUCCCCAUUCUAAGAACUGAUGAGGAACAUGAGUGGGUGUAUGAGACAAUGAAAGCCAUUCCUGAUAUCAGUGAGCAGCUUUCAGAUGCAGAGAUGAGGCAACUCCGUACAACUGUCAUACGAGAAUACUGGGUGAAAGGAAGUACAGUGGAUGGAAGCCAAGCGUUCUAUACAGUUCUCAAAGGCUCUGUUAGACCACAGUCAAAGUUUUACAAAAAAAUAAUUGGAGGAAACUUUAUUUUAGCACCCAGUCGGACUUCUACCAGCAGUACAUCCAGACUGUCUCGGUCAUCAUUAUGCCACAUAGGGUUUCAUAUAGGAUCUUGCUUUGGGACUUUGGAACCACUCCCUGCAAGGAUGCAACAUGACAUGUUAACAGUUGUUACAGAUGAUAACUGCGAAUUUCUCAAAAUCUCAUCUAUGGAUUACUUAAGAGUAAAAGAGGAAAUAGCGAAGCGUGAACAGUUUGCCAAAGAAGAAUUAAUCCGUGGUUCUCCAUUUUAUCAAAACUGGCCUACGGUAUUUAUAUUUCAGCUGACUGCUCAGUUAAAAUGGAGGAAGUUUCCAAUAGACCAUGUGUUUAUCAAAGGGGGAGAAAUAAGCAAAUAUAUAGGAUUCAUUAAGUCUGGAUGUUGCAACGUUUACCGAAUACUUCCGGCCCUUGUGAAGCGACCUUUGGGGAAAAUGAUUAAACAAAUGAGACAAGUCCUCAUUGGUGAACUUCAUCCAAGAGAGUCCUUUGGGGAAGUGAGCGUUCUUCUUCAAAUCCCUUCAGCAUAUACGCUGAAAGCAGCAACCCCUGUUGAACUGGGAAUUAUUGAUGCUACACACAUACUUGAUUUAGAUCCGGUGACUCAGAUGCUCCUUCUACAAUCAGUAACACCAUCAUUUGAAAAUAUCACACCUGAUGAGCUCAAGCUUGAAUAUAUAAAAAAGGAAAUUAAAAAAGAAUGGAAACGCAAGAAGGACACGAUACUGAACGAUGUAUUGUUCUACAAUGGAAUUAGCUCCGGUGUUGGAAAAUGGGUCCACGAACAGAUUAAUUUCAAUAAGGUUGAGAGAAAGCAUCAAGAACAUUCAUGUGUUGCGACGUAUAGAAAACCAGUGUGA